AAUGAGGCGUGAGAAAUAUUUGGGCUUAUGGGCUGCAUUGGCCAUAAUUUGGGCUAAACGCUAAACAGAAAUUCUUCAAUCGAAUUCUCUUAUACUCGCCACGGGAUUGGGAUAGCGUAGUGCAGUUUAAUUAAUUGGCAGGGCGCCGGAGGCUGGAGAUAUUGUGAGUCGGAGGAGGUCGCAUCCUGAUCGCCGGCGCCGGGGACAUAAAUUUCUCUCUCUCUCCUUAUCAUCCUCGGAUUCUGAAUUUCAGCAUUCGUCAAUCAAGAUGGUGUUGGCGCAGCUAGGAGGGAGCAUUUCGCGUGCUCUCCAGCAGAUGAGCAAUGCCACCAUCAUCGACGAGAAGGUUCUCAACGAUUGCCUCAACGAGAUCACUCGCGCUCUUCUGCAGGCCGAUGUUCAGUUCAAGCUGGUCCGCGAUAUGCAGACCAACAUCAAGCGGAUCGUCAACCUUGACGACCUCGCCGCCGGACACAACAAGCGUAAGAUCAUCCAACAGGCUGUAUUUAAUGAGCUUUGCAAGAUUUUGGAUCCUGGAAAACCAUCGUUCACACCAAAGAAAGGGAAGACUAGUGUUGUCAUGUUUGUAGGUUUGCAAGGUUCUGGGAAAACAACAACAUGUACAAAAUAUGCCUACUACCACCAAAGGAAGGGCUGGAAACCGGCUCUAGUUUGUGCGGAUACAUUCAGAGCUGGUGCUUUUGAUCAAUUGAAGCAGAAUGCAACCAAAGCUAAAAUACCUUUUUAUGGGAGCUACACAGAGUCUGACCCUGUAAAGAUAGCAGUGGAAGGUGUUGAAAGAUUCAAGAAGGAAAAUUGUGAUCUCAUAAUUGUUGACACCAGUGGGCGCCACAAACAAGAAGCUGCUCUCUUUGAAGAGAUGCGUCAAGUAUCUGAAGCAACGAAACCGGAUCUUGCGAUAUUUGUAAUGGAUAGCAGUAUUGGUCAAGCUGCUUUUGAUCAAGCUCAGGCAUUCAAACAAAGUGUUGCAGUUGGAGCAGUAAUAGUUACUAAAAUGGAUGGCCACGCAAAGGGAGGUGGUGCUCUUAGUGCAGUUGCUGCAACAAAAAGUCCUGUUAUCUUUAUUGGUACUGGAGAGCACAUGGAUGAAUUUGAAGUUUUUGAUGUUAAGCCAUUUGUCAGCCGACUUCUGGGCAUGGGUGAUUGGUCUGGGUUCAUGGACAAAAUUCAUGAGGUUGUUCCUAUGGAUCAACAGCCUGAGCUUCUCCAAAAGCUCUCUGAGGGGAAUUUUACCUUGAGGAUUAUGUAUGAACAAUUCCAAAAUAUACUUAAAAUGGGUCCUAUUGGCCAGGUGUUCUCUAUGCUUCCAGGAUUUAGUCAAGAAUUAAUGCCAAAAGGCCGGGAGAAGGAAAGCCAAGCAAAAAUUAAACGUUAUAUGACAAUGAUGGAUUCGAUGACCAAUGAAGAAUUGGACAGUACAAACCCAAAGCUUAUGACUGAAUCACGCAUCAUGCGGGUAGCAAGGGGAUCUGGCCGUCUGGUGCACGAAGUGAUGGAAAUGAUGGAAGAGUACAAGCGGCUUGCCAAGAUAUGGAGCAAGAUGAAGGGACUUAAAAUUCCAAAGAAAGGAGAUAUGAGCGCCUUAUCCCGAAAUAUGAAUGCACAGCACAUGAGCAAAGUUCUUCCCCCACAGAUGUUGAAACAGAUAGGUGGCAUGGGUGGCUUACAAAGCUUGAUGAAACAAAUGGGUUCUUCCAAGGAUAUGAUGGGUAUGUUUGGUGGUGGGGAUAAGUAAAUUCUCACAUAUUAAACCUGAUUGUAGGCCUACAAUUCAAGCAAGCCUACCUGGAUAAGGAGUACAAUUUCUUUCUUUUCCUAUUUUCUGUUCCUUAACAGAAUUCUCACUACUGUAAUUUCUUAGUAUACUAGUACUUAGUUUUGUGCCAUGUGAAUAUAUGUACCAAGGUGUAUGGCUAUGGAUCAAUUUGCAGCUUCUAAUUUUUCUACU